AUAGCUGGCGGCGUGGCCGGCCGAUGAGUGGCGGAGCUGCGCUGUCAGCUUCAGGCCGGGUCCCGCUCCGUUGCCCACAGUCCAGCCGCGGUGGGGAUCGCGGAGCCGGUGUCCCGCUCGGGGGAGAGAGGCCGGACGGGUGACAUGCCCCUGGACGCAGCGAGCUAGACGUUAACCGGGGAACAUGCAGAGACUGUGGAGCGGCAGCGGGAGCAACUUCAUCCAGACCCUGUCAACUUUCCUUGUCUUUGUGUUGACCAAGGGACUGUGUGAAAGCAGGGGCCAGAGGCGGCUCGGACUGCAGGAGCGCCAUCUCCAAGCCCUGCCCGAGCCGGAGGUGGUUUACCCUGUCAAGGUUGAUCACCUGGGCCGCUUCUUGUCCCACGACGUGUCCCACCAGGUGAGGCGGCUGCGGCGCCGUGAACUGACGGCGGAGCGGCCGCUCGGCCCCACCGUGUAUUACAAGCUCUCGCACAAGGGCCGCCAGCUGUACUUCAACCUGACGGUGAACCAGGCUCUGCUCGCUCCGGGCUUCGUGGCUGAGAGGCGCUACGGGGGUGUGAGAGGGGCCACGAUCAGCCGACCCCAGCCCAAUAGCUGCCACCUUAUCGGGAGAGUGCAGGCGCCAACAGCCGGCAGUGGGAUCGCCGCCAUCAGCACAUGCCAUGGACUGAAAGGUGUGUUCAGAUUGUCGGAUCAGGAUUACCUCAUUGAACCAGUGGAGGGAGAGCACUGGAAGAGAGCUGCGUCCCAGCCCCACGUCAUUUACAAACGGCAUGCAGCGGAGGUGGAGGGGCUGCCCGACUCCCAGCGGCUGGCGGGCCGAGCGGGCGGGAUGCAGGAACCGAGCCCCAGCGAGGGCGGAAUGUGCGGUGUGUCGGAUUCCCUGAAGAACUUGAAACAUCUGGAAAAGAAACGGGAAAGGUGGGAGAAGAAACAAGAGCGCAAGAGACGGAUUAAGCAGCGGUCAAUCAGCAAGGAGAGGUGGGUGGAGACGUUGGUGGUGGCAGACACUAAAAUGGUGGAGCAUCAUGGAAGUGAAAGCAUUGAGGCCUACGUCUUCACCAUCAUGAACAUGGUGGCUGGGCUGUUCCGUGAUGCCAGUAUUGGGAACUCGGUGAACAUCAUCAUUGUACGUCUUGUGCUGUUGGAGGAGGACGAGGAGGACCUGAAGAUAACACAUCAUGCGGAUAACACUCUGAGGAGCUUCUGUAAAUGGCAGAAGAAGAUAAACUUCAAAGGUGACAGUCAUCCAGCACACCAUGACGUAGCCCUCCUGCUCACUCGGAAGGACGUGUGUGCUGGCAUGAACCGCCCGUGUGAGACGCUGGGAUUGUCGCAUGUCUCCGGGAUGUGCCAACCGCACAGGAGCUGCAGCAUUAACGAGGACACGGGCCUCCCCCUCGCUUUCACAGUCGCGCAUGAACUCGGACACAACUUUGGGAUCCAGCACGACGGGACCGGCAAUGACUGCGAGCCCAUUGGGAAGAGGCCAUUCAUCAUGUCUCCCCAGCUGCUGUACGACACCAGCCCACUCACCUGGUCGCGGUGUAGCAGAGAGUAUAUCACCCGCUUCCUCGACCGUGGUUGGGGCCUCUGCCUGGACGAUCGGCCUGCUAAGGAAGCCAUCGAAUUGCCCUCAGUAGCACCGGGGGUGCUGUAUGAUGCCAAUCACCAGUGUCGGCUGCAGUACGGAGCCAAGUCAGCGUUCUGCGAUAACGUGGAUAACGUCUGCAACACCCUGUGGUGCAUUGUGGGAAACACUUGCCAUUCCAAGCUCGACGCUGCUGUGGACGGUACGAAGUGUGCAGACAACAAGCGGUGCUUCGAUGGACAAUGUGUACCCACGCUCCAGCACCCUCAGACGACAGACGGAAAGUGGGGAGCGUGGAGUUCCUGGUCAUCUUGCAGCCGAACCUGUGGGGCAGGAACACAGAGCGCAGAGAGACACUGCAACAAUCCCACGCCCAAGUACGGUGGCUCAUACUGUCUCGGAGAGAGGAAGAGGUUCCGGAUAUGCAACGUCAAAGCCUGUGGGUCAGAAACACCUUCCUUCCGUCACCUGCAGUGCAGUCAGUUUGACGCCAUGCCUUACAAGGGGAAGCUCCACAAGUGGAUACCCGUUCUCAGCAGAAUUAAUCCUUGUGAGCUACACUGCCGACCUGUAGAAGGCUAUUUCGCAGUGAAGAUGCUGGAUGCAGUGACUGAUGGAACACCGUGCUUUGAGGGGAACACCAGCCGAGACAUGUGCAUCAAUGGAAUCUGCAAGAAUGUGGGUUGUGAUUAUGAAAUUGAUUCCAAUGCUGUGGAAGAUCGAUGUGGAGUCUGCCAAGGCAAUGGCUCUACCUGUGAGACAGUGAAGAAGACGUUCAAUAAGAGUGAAGGUCUGGGCUAUGUCGACAUUGGGCUGAUUCCUGAAGGUGCCCGAGAGAUCCGAAUCGAAGAGGUUGCUGAAGCAGGAAAUUUCCUUGCCUUACGGAGUGAUGAUCCUGAGAAGUAUUUCUUAAAUGGUGGCUGGAUAAUUCAGUGGAAUGGAGACUACAAGGUGGCUGGGACAACGUUCACCUACGAGCGAAAUGGAAACCUGGAGAACCUGACGUCACCAGGUCCCACCAGGGAGCCGGUAUGGAUUCAGCUGCUGUUUCAGGAGACGAACCCUGGCGUACGCUUCGAAUACACCGUCCGGAGGGACCUAGAUCAUGAGAAUGAGAUCCCGGCACCGGAGUUUUUCUGGCGUUACGGCCUGUGGACGGAAUGUUCUGCAACGUGCGGUGGUGGUGUCCAGAGGCAGAUCGUGCACUGUCUGGAGAAGAUCGCAGGGAUUGUCGAAGAACAGUAUUGUGAGCUUGCGACACGACCUGAUGACCGACAGCGGAACUGUCACACUGAGCCAUGUCCAGCCCGGUGGUGGGUCGGAGAGUGGCAGGCGUGCUCGGCGUCCUGUGGAGAAACGGGGACUAUGAGGAGGACCACCCUUUGCAUCCAGAGCGUGGGUCUCGAUGAGCAGCGGGCUCUCCAGCCCUCUGACUGCCAACAUACGGCCAAGCCCGAGGACACCGGCCCUUGCAACCGGGAAAUCCCCUGCCCAUCGGACUGGAGCACAGGCAACUGGCCAGAGUGCUCUGUCACCUGCGGACAAGGUGUGCAGGAACGGGGUGUUGUGUGCCUGAACAACACCAACGUGACCUGCAGUCUGGAGAUGAAACCAGCUGCAACGAGACCCUGUCACCUGAAGCCGUGCCCUGGACUCUGGCCAGGAUUCACACUGCAUGACUGGUCUGGAAGUGGAGCUUCCAGCAAGGAGAUGUACAACGAGGUGGGAUUCAACCUGAACUUCGGCCCUGGCGCUACAAACGAAGGUGAAAAUUCCAACCGUAUCCCUCCCAUUCCCAACUCCUAUCCAUCCCUUAUCAAUGCACAAACUCCUCAGCCACAGACCCCCGAAGACAACAAGAUAACCAAUCACAUUAUUGAAGAUGAUUUCACCAAGAGCGAGGAAUCCUCCAAACCAAACAUCUUUGUCGAUGACUUCUACUAUGAUUAUAACUUCAUCAACUUCCACGAAGACCUUGAGUACGGUCCGGAAGGCUGGCUGGAUUUCAGCGAAGAGGAGAAGAUGGGUGAAGACAGUAAACCUGAAGAGGAGCAUUUGGAAACCAAUAACAUCUCUGACAGCGUUUUGGAGAAGUCACCCAAUCAAAACGAGGAUGGGACCUCUGUUGAAAAGCCAGGAUCUAAUGAGCUGGACAACGUUCCAUUGGAACCUACAGCAAAAAUCCUGGAGAAUAAGGCAAUAAAUAAUAAUCAGGUCACAACUGCUACCUCAAAUGUACACUCAGUUGAUAUCCAUCUUAGUGAAGAAUACACUACUGAGAAUCUCAGGGUUACAGAGGCUACACCAGGUAGAUUGAACAACACUGGCAGUAAAGAUGUCGAUAAAGAAAUGUACGAGGCAGAUGAGCUGCUUCCUGUCGAAAAUACAACAGUUAAAGAGGGCAUUUAUCCUGGAUCUUCACCAAAUGAUGAUCAGGACAUUGUUCUCAACACAGCAGCGACCCUGACAUCUUAUUAUCACAACUCCCGAAGACCACCGUUCUCCACCUCUCCACCCAGUACAAACAUCCCCAGUGCUUCAACAGCAAGUGAUCCCAACUGGAAGGAGAAAGACUGGAACUCUGAGGACCACGGCACGAGUCAUGGAAAUUCCAGCGGUGCCAAGCAGGGCAGUCCAUAUAAUCGAAAGGCUGGUGGCCUUAGAGAACCUCCUGAGAGUGAGGGGCAAGAAGGGAACCUGGAAUCGAGGGAGACCGUGAAUGGAGAGGGGACGGAUCCUGUACAAAAUGGGACAGAUGUGCCUGGGAUUCCAAGUGAGAUUUCAAAUGUGACAGUCAGCAGUAGAGAAGAAUUAAGUGUUAACCACGGACACUCCCAGCAGCAAGACACCAUUGUUGGCCAUCCAGCUGUUACUGAUAACUCCUGGCGUGAUCUCCAUUCUGACACCAGUAAUGUAGUGCCCACACCUCCAGUCCCAACAGAUCCGAAAGAUAUUCCUGCUCCAGAAGAGAUACAUUGGACAACGAGCCACGGACAAACCUGGUCAAGCUUGGCAGAUGGACAUAGUUUAAACGGCUCUUUAGAAUUCUCUGGAGGGGUUGAAACAUCUCCAGGAAAUGUAUUGGUACCUGGUGCAUCUGACGAGGACACUGGCCAUGCAAGGGUGCUCUCUCAGCCUAGCCCCUCUGUGACACAGGCUGACGUAUUCUUCAUGUCAGAUGUGACCACGUCAGGAGGAGCGCCGUCACCAGAAGCAAGUCAGCUACCGGUGGUCGGAACCAUUCCCGUCACCACUGUGAUGUCGCCAGAACUGGACUCUCCACUGCAAGACUGGGCCACAACUGAGGGAGGCCAGGGAGAGAGCGUGCAGCCAGUACAGGCAACAGCCUCCAGCCACUUGUUCGUUCAUCUGGAGCCUUCGGAUUCUAGCUCCACUUCGUCAGUGAAUGUGGGGACAAGGCCAGUUGAAGCCCCAUCGCUAACCUCUGCAAUGACUACAGAAGCCAUCUUCCUCAGAACCACUACAUCUACUGCCGACAUCGUUUCUGGUUCUAACUUGACAACAGUUGCCUCAGAUUCAAGCACACAGCCACCGUUCGCAGAGGGUGUGACAGAGCCAAGCAGCACUCUGGGUUCUCCUUCCUGGACAACUGACUCACUACCUCGGGAGCAGAUUCCGACAACACUCGUUGAGUCAAGCAAAACGAGGACAGAUUUGGCGAGGUCCCACGCCGGAGCCGAAUCCAAGGGGAGCCUGGCCAGUCCGGGCAGCACCGACGCAGGAGAUGCUGGGAUCGGGAUCGGAAGGGGUUCCCCUGGAUCCAUUGCGGGGAGUUCACCGGUUUCUGCCCCUACAAUCCACCUACCGGGUCCCUCCGGGCAUACCCUGUCUCCGAGGCCAGCGCUGGGUGUCCAGGCAACUGAAACUGACUCAGUGAGGGAUGCAGCCAUCGACCCAGCCUCUGAGGCAGAUGUGGAGUCCCUAUCUUACUGGGUGGUUGGAAACUGGAGUGAGUGUUCCACCACGUGCGGGCUGGGAGCGAUCUGGAGGACUGUGCAGUGUAGCUCCGGUCGGGACAGUGACUGCGACAAGACCAAGAGGCCGGUCCCGGCUCGGAGGUGCUAUAUCCGGCCCUGCUCGGCAUGGCAUGUGGGCAAUUGGAGCAGGUGCUCUAAGAACUGCGGAGGUGGGGUGAAGAUCCGAGACGUUCAGUGUAUCGACGUCAGGGACAGGCGGCCCCUGCGACCCUUCCACUGCCAGCCCGUCCUCCAUAAGCCUCCCACCAGCCUGGCCUGCAACUCCAGACCUUGCCUGGACUGGUACACGUCCUCGUGGGGAGAGUGCUCCUUGGCUUGUGGAGGAGGUGUGCAGGAGAGGCUGGUCAUGUGCCCCAAAUUGGGACACUGUGAGGAAACUCUGCGCCAGAAUGGAACCAGGGUGUGCAAUUCCCAUCCCUGCACCAAGUGGAUGAAGGGCUCGUGGGGACAGUGCACGGCCAUGUGUGGCGGAGGGAUACAGCGGCGGCUGGUGAAGUGUGUAAACACAGUGACGGGGCAGGCGGAGGAAGACAGUAGCCAGUGUGACCACGAGCCCUGGCCGGAAAACACACAGAAGUGUAACGUGCAGGAGUGUAACAGCACUGACCACAGUUACACCUGCAAGCGUAAUCGGCUGACCUUCGCAUUCUGCCAGACGCUGAAGCUCUUGGGCCGCUGUUACCUGCAGACCGUCCAGGCACAGUGCUGCAAAACGUGCCAGCGACACGAAGCGAGAGACCGCGGUAACGAGCGCAUCUCACGGAGGUGAGCGGCCAGCCUGGAACGCAAUGCAGGAAAAGAGAGACUUUUCAGAGAUAAAUGAUACGGGGAGAAGUAUCACAGUGACUGAAAGGUGCCAAAAGCAAUUCAGGAAAAAGAAAGAUUACAAAAGAAAACACUGAAAUCUGGAGGGUUUUUAAAAAUAUUUAUGUAUACGUAAUGAGAGAGACUUUCUUUCAGUAUUCUUGUUUAUGCAACCAUUUGUCAGGACCACAAACCUGACUGUGGGUUGAAGCAAGAUUUUACAGUAUUGUGAUUGCAGGAUAAGGCCUGAGGCCCAUGGUUGCUAUAGUUACGUAUCAUCCUUUCAAAUAAGUGGUGCUCCAAUGUUUGAAGAAUGACACUUUCCUUUCCCAUUGGUAGCACAGCCUCAGCCGUCUCUUCAGAGCGGUUCAGAGAUCAAAGUUCAAAAUGUACGCUUUUGUCAACUUGCACAACCGCGAGAUUCAGCCUCUUGCGGGCAUUCACAGUAAAUGCAAAGAAAUCAAUGGAAUCAAUGAAAAACUACACACAGACAAGAUGGGACAGGAAUGAAGGUGUCUUUUGGUGCUCUGUGUCUGAUCAUCGCCCUGUACCCUAUCCCAGGUGGUGACGGACAGCACAGAACCUUUUCAUACUUGAACAUUUUUUUAUAUAAAAAAACUUAUUUUCAACUUUUAGAACUUCUUAUUGAGCAUUUAUCAUUGUACGUUAUUCUGAAUACAGAGCCAUGGUGCUAAUACAUAAGAAACAUUGUAAAACCUACAUCUAUCACGAGAGGACAUGGGCCACACUCAUUUCUGUGCUGAAGGGUGUGUGUGUGCACACAUGUGAGCGAGUGUGUGUGUGUGCCUGUGUGUGUAUGUGUGUGAGUGUGUAUCUGUGUGUUUGUUACUAAGGAACUGAACAUUCUGUCUCAUUACAAGAAGGAUCGUUUCAAACAGCUGCCGAUGAUGUUGGAGUCCCUACUGUGAACUCUCCUGGGACCAUAUUGAAUGGAAUCCUUUUAUAUUACGUCCAUAGAGUUUGCAGGUUUGAGUUUAAGGCAAAUGGAGGGUGUUUAAUUCAUUCCAGCAGUGUAAUCCCUUCAGUUCCCUUCCCCCCCCUUUAUUUCUUUGUUUCCCUGCAACAGAUUCACUCUCACCUCCCGUCAACGCUUCCUCGAUCUUUUUAAAGAUUAAUUUGUCAUGUGUAUAUUGAAACAUCAAAACAUACAGUGAAUGGUGCCGUUUGCAUUAACGAGGAAGUGUUGGGGCAGCCCACAAGUGUUGCUGUGCUUCCAGCGCCAACGUGGCGCGCCCACAGUUUAUUAACCCUAACCCGGACAAUUUCGGGAAGAGAGAAGAAACCAGAGCUCUCGGAGGAAACCCACACGGUCACAGGGAGAACGUGCAGACUCCUUACAGACGGUAGCAGGAAUUGAAUCCCGAUCACUGGCACUCUAGAGCGCUAUUGAACUUUUUUGCGACCUACCUGCACGAGGGGCAAUUGACAGUGGCCGGUUUAACCUACCAGUGGGACAUGAGAGGGGAAACCAAAGCACCCGAGGGGGAAACUCGGACAUGAACAAUGCCCGAGGUGAGGAAUGAGCCUGGGUCUCUGAUACAGCAAAGCACGGCUCCCACCCUCCACUACCUGAAGCAGAGUGAGGGGGAAGAGGUUUCAAUCUGCCUCUGACCUGGGUUGUUCCAGAUCUGCGAAUGCUCACUGCUACAUCUAAACGCAAAAGGAAAUGGCACAGAAUUCCUCUUGCAGUGAGUGAAUUUAUUAUCAAAGUAUUAACCGUAUAUGGGAGCAGAAUUAGGCCAUUUGGCCCAUCAAGUCAGCUCCGCCAUUUCAUCAUGGCUGAUCCAUUUUCCCUCUCGGCCCCAAUAUCCUGCCUUCUCCCCAUAUCCCUUCAUGCUCUGGCUAAUCAAUCUAUCAACCUCUGCCUUAAAUACACCCAAUCACUUUGCCUCCACAGCCGCCUGUGGCAAUGAACUGCACAGAUUCACCACCCUCUGGCUAAAGAAAUUCCUCCUCAUCUCAAUUCUGAGGCUGUGCCCUCUGGUUCUAGACUCCCCCACCAUCGGAAACAUCCUCUCCACAUCCACUCUAUCAAGGCAUUUCAACAUUCAGCAGGUUGCAAUGAGAUUCCCCCCCCCACCCCCAUUCUUCUGAAUUCCAGCAAGUACAAGCCCAGAGCAAUCAAACAUUCCUCAUGUGAUAAACCUUUCAGUUCUGGAAUCAUUUCCGUGAACCUUCUUUGAACCCUCUCCAAAGUCAUCACAUUUAUACACUAUCUUGAGAUUAAUUUUCUUACAGGCGUUCACAGGAAGAUAAAGCAAGCCUGUAGAACUCAUGAUAAGCUAUACGUAGUAAAGGCUGACAAGUAUCCAGUGUGCAACAGAAGACAAACUGUGCAAAUAAUUAAAAACUUCCCAGCACUGGUGCCCUCAUUUGACAAGGACAAGCACAAUGUCUCCCCAACUUGUCACCUAACAGAAACACCCCUUCCUGAUGUUCCAUGCGAGUUCUCAGCAGGUCAGGCAUCAUCUAUGCAGAGGACAUCAUCCUCUAUAGUUAUCUCUGCCAUCUUCAACGGGAUCCUAUAACUUAACACAUCCUUUCCUCCCACUCCCUGCUUUCCAUAAGGAACUCUCUCUAUGUGACUACUUUGUCCACUUGUCCCUCCUCACUUAUCUCCCACCUGGCACACAUGCCCCUUUCCACCUUCUCCCUCACCACCAGUCAGAACCCCAAACUAACCAUCUUGUCCAGGGUUCGGUUUCCUAUUUGGUGCUCCCGGUGUGGUUUACAUCGGUGAUACCCAACAUAGACUGCUUCAUCGAGCACCUUCGCCCUGCCUCCCAGUGACCACCCAUUUCAAAUGAACUUCCCAUUCCCUGUCUGACUUGCCUGUUCAUUGCCUCCUCUACUGCCAUGAAGAGGCCACGCUUUGCAACCUCAUAUUCCAUUGUGGUAGCUUCAACCUGAGGGCUUGAACAUUAAUUUUUUCUAACUUCUGGUAACUUCCAUUCCAUAUUCUGGUUCUCCACUCACCCCUUCUCCUCCCCUACCCAUUACCUCCCUCUGGUGCCCCUUCUUGCUUUUCUCCCACGGUCCACUCUCCUCUCCGAUCAGAUUCCUUCUUCUUCAGCCCUCUACCUCUUCCACCUGUCACCUCCCAGCUUCUUACUUCAUUUCCUGGUCUCACCUGUCACCUGUCAGCUUGUACUUUUCCCCUCCCCGCACCCUCUUAUUCUGGCUUCUUCCCCCUUCCUUUCCAGUCCUGAGGAGACUGUUUUAUUCAUUUCCAAAGUUGUUGCCUGGCCUGCUGAGUUUCAACAGCAUUUUGUGUGUGUGUUGCUCAAGACUUCCAGCAGCUGCAGAAUCUCUGGUGUUCACCACUGGAGUUCGUGCUGGGCAAGAGAUCUUGUCUCCGUGUUGCUGUGUUUCAGUAGAACGCUGGAGGUCUGUUUGUGGUUUGAAUGUUAGAUCAGACUAAUGAGUUCAGUGCCAGGCGUCAUUUAAAUGUUUUAGGUUCUUAUUAAACUUAUUUUUAUCAAGUCCUUUGGUCUGAUUCUCGCAGACUGAUUUUGUGUUGAAGGAUUUGGUAACAGGUUUUUUAAAAUUUCCUUAUUUGAGGUGGCUCUGACUGGCCACUUUUUAAUUGCCCAUUUUAAACCUUUGUUGGUGAGGUGUAAUUUUAGAGUCCCUCAGCAGCUGAAGAGGCCCUUCAGCCCGUUGAGUCCAUGACAACCACCAAGCAUCCAUCUACAGUAAUCCCAAUGUGUUCCCCUGCAAACACCCCCAGAUUCCGUCACAUAUACACACACACUGGGGGCAACAUACAGGUGCCAAUUGAAGAUAAAGGUCUUAAAGAUUAGUUUUAUUUGUCACACGUAAGCGAAACCUACAGUGAAAUAUGUUGUUUUGCAACAACGACCAAUGGGGUUUGAGGAUGUGCUGGGGGCAGCCCGCAAGUGUCACCACCCUCCCAUCGGCAACGUAGUAUUCCCACAACUUGCUGACCCUAUCCAUUAUUCUUUUGGAGGUAAUGAGAGCACUGGGGCGAAACCCACGCGGUCACGGGGAGAACAUACAAACUCUUUACGGACAGCGGAUGGAAUUGAACCCAGCUCACUAGUGCUGUGAAGCAUUACGCUGACCACUACGCUACCUGGCGCCCUAAUUUAGCUUAAUCUACCAAAUCAGAUGGUUCUGAAACCGGCGUGCCCUGGGUCAGAGGAAGCGCUUCAGUCGAUUCUCCCCUGUGUGCUUAACCGCCUAGAUCCUGUACGUGACUGAGUGUUACUCUUGCUGAGUUGGUUGCUUUUAAUCAGUGAUUCUCAACGGCCCCCUUAGGAGCUCUUCUCAGGUUCCAGGGCCCCCCUUUCAAGCAGGUAUACAACAGGAAUAGAUAGACAGAAAAUCAUUUAUUAUCGAACACCAAGAAAACUUGAACAUUCCGACAUACUGGACAACACUUAAAAAAAGACUGUAUGAAAUUAAACAUCUAUCAGGCCUAAUGCGAUCCUUGAGCUUGGUGCUUUUCUGCAAGUUUCAUAAUAUCAGGCUCCAAAUUAGACAAAGAGAGUGGGAGGUCACCUCUCGUGAUAUCGAUUCUCUUCCUGGAUUUUGUCAAGAAAACUACCUUGCAGAAUCUGCUGUCAACCAAAUAAUAUAUCCAAACACAUAAACUUUAAAGUUACUAGGGUAAAAUAGGCCUAGCAGGACACGCUGAUCUUCGGAGAAUGAAGGAUGGCGAUCAUGGAUGCGAGAACCCUUGAUUGAAUACGCUGACCUGGUGCAGUCUGAUUCGCGACUGACUCUGAAGCGAGGCUGUGUGGGAGGAGCUUAAGCAAGAAUUUACCAGGUGCACCAAAUUCAAACAGUGUGUUGGAAAGAUAUUAUAAAUAGGAGGCAAACUAUUGACUCCAGUGGAGGUUGCUGCUUGGGUAUUUCAUGGAUUCAGUUACCAGGGCCCCCAUAAACCCUUGGGGCUCCCCUUCUCACAGUUUUCAGUCAGUGGCCCCCUUCAAAUGAGUCAGGGCCCCUAAGGGGGCCAUAUGGCCCCUGUUAAGAAUGGCUGCUUUCGAUCAGGGGUUCCUGUGGGACCCCAGGUUGGGAGCCCCUGGUUUAGAGUCUCUUCUUUGCAAACCCAUUGGAUGGGAGUUGAGUGUUCAGCUCUGCAUAUCGCCAAGCUGAAGGUAAGCUGCAAAAUCUGGAAACUGAAUAGAAGGUGGAACAGUACGGACCCUUCAACAAACGAUGUUGUGUCAACCUCUGAACCUACUCCAGUAUCAAACUAACCCUUCCUUCCCACAUAGUCUUCCAUUUCUCUAUUAUCCAUGUUCUUAACAUAUCUGCCUCUACCAUCACCCUGGCAGGGUGUUCCAUGCACCCACUCUGUGUGAAAAAACCUACCUCUGGCACCCCAGCUCUAUACAGUGCGUCAUAGGCACCCCAGCUCUAUACAGUGCAUUAUAGGCACCCCAGCUCUAUACAGUGCGUCAUAGGCACCCCAGCUCUAUACAGUGCGUCAUAGGCACCCCAGCUCUAUACAGUGCGUGUCAAAACUUUUACACAGAACUGUAAGCAUAUUGUACUUUCCUUUCUAGUCCUUGUGAAGGUUCUCAUCCCAAAACGUCGAUUGUUUAUACCCCUCCAUAGAUGCUGUCUGACCUGCUGAGUUCCUCGAGCAUUUUGUGCAUUGCUAAAUUAAAUGUCGGUCAUCUCUAUUCAGGAAACACACAAAGCUUUCUAGGCUUUGCUCAGACCACAGUUGGAGGAUUGUGAGCCCCUUAUCUAAGAAAAGAUCUGCUGGCGUUGGAGGGGGUCCCGAAGAGGUUCCCAAGAAUGAUCCUGGGAAUGAAAGGGUUGAUGUACAAAGUCAUAGAGAAGUACAGCUCAGAAACAGGCCCUUCGGCUCAUCUAGUCCAUGCCAAAAUCAUUUAAAUUACCUACUCCUAUUGUCCUGCACUGCGACCAUAGUUCCCCAAAUCCCUACCAUCCAUGUACCUACCUAAACUUCUCUUAAACGUUGAAAUCAAACUCACAUGCACCACUGGUGCAGGCAGCUCAUUGCAAAGAAUACAGUCCUAAUCUAUUCAAUCUUUUCUUACAACUCAGGUCCCCCAGACCCAGCAACAUCCUGAUGAAUUUCUCUGCACUCUUUCAACCUUAUUUACAUCCUUCCUGUAGGUAGGUGACAAAAACUACACACAAUACUCCAAAUUAGGCCUCACCAAUGUCUUAUACAACUUCAACAUAACAUCCCAUCUCCUGUACUCAAUACAUUGGUUUAUGAAGGCCAAUUUGCCAAAAGCUUUCUUUACAGUCCUGUCUACCUGUGACGCCACUUUCAAUGAAUUAUGUACCUGAAUUCCCAGAUCCCUUUGUUCUACCACACUCCUCAGUGACUUAGCAUUCAGUGUGUAAGACCGACCCUGAUUGGUCCCAUCGAAGUGCAAAACCUCGUACUUACCUGCAUUAGAUUCCAUCUGCCAUUUUUCAGCCCAUUUUUCCAGCUGAUGCAGAUCCUUCCGCAAGCCGUGAUAACCUUCCUCACUGUCCACUACAUCCCCAGUCUUGGCGUCAUCUACAAAUUUGCUGAUCCAGUUAGCCACAUUAUCAUCCAGAUCAUUGAUGUAGAUGACAAACAACAAUGGACCCAGCACGAUCUCUGUGGCACACCAUUAGUCACAGGCUUCCAGUGAGAAGCAACUGUCUACUACCACUCUCUGGCUUCUCCCACAAAGCCAAUGUCUAAUCCAGUUUACGACCUCAUCAUUAAUGUGGAGUGACUGAACCUUCUUGGCCAGCCUCCCCUGUGGGACCUUGUCAAAUGCCUCACUAAAGUCUAUGAAAACAACACCCACUGCCUUGCCUUCAUCCAGUUCCCUGGUAACUUCCUUGAAAAACUCUUUAGGCAUGACCUACUAUGCACAAAGUCAUGCUGACUAUCCUUAAUCAGUCUAUCCAAAUACUAAUAUAUCCAGUCCCUUUCAAUACCUUCCAAUAGCUUUCUCAUGACUGAUGUCAGAUUCAUCAGCCUAUAAUUUCCUGCUUUCUGUUUAGAGCCCUUUUUUAAACAGUGGAACAACAUUGUCUAUCCUCCAAUCCUCUGGUACCUUUCCCGUCACUAAGGAUGUUUUAAAUAUCUCUGCUCGGGCCCCAGCAAUUUCUGCACUUGCCUCUUGUAGUGUCGGAGGGAACACCUUGUUAGGCCCUAGGGAUUUGCCUCAGGAUAGCAAACACCCCUUCCUCUGUAAACUGUACAGGGUCCAUGAAGUUGCCUCACUUCUAUAGACUCUUUAUCCAUCUCCUGAGUAAAUACAAUGCAAAGAAUGCAUUUACGAUCCAUUCCAUUUUGUUUUGAUCCAUUCAUGGAUUACCAUUCAGGUCUUCCAGACGACCAAUUUCGUCCCUUGCAAUCCUUUUGCUCUUAACAUUCCUUUGGAAUCCCUUGGGAUUCUCCUUCACCUUGUCUGCUGGAGCAACUUCAUGCCUUCUUUUAGCCUUCCUGAUUUCUUUCUCAAGUGUUGUCUUGAAUUUCUUGUACUCCAUAAACACUUCAUUUGUUUCUACGUGCCUGUAUCUGCAAUGAACUUCUUUUUUCACUUAAUCAGGACCUCAAUAUCUACUGAAAACUAAGGUUCCCUACACUUGUUAUCUUUACCUUUUAUCCUGACAGGUACAUACAAGCUUCGUACUCAAGAUUUUGCUUUUGAAGGCCAAAUACAUCCUUGCCUGUCCCAGGAACAGUUCCUGCUGAUUGGAGGGUGGCUAAUGUUGUCCCACUUUUCAAGAAAGGAGGGAGAGAGAAAACAGGGAAUUAUAGACCGGUUAGCCCAGGGGUCGGCAACCCGCGGCUCUGGAGCCGCAUGCGACUCUUUUAUCUCUGUGCUGCGGCUCCCCGUGGUUUGUUAGUUUUUGAAAUAUAAUUUGAAAUUUGAAGAUUAUGGUGAUUUUGUACAAUCUAAAUAAAAAGUUGUGGCGACCCCAUUUCCUGGCACAUCCGAACCGGCUCACAAUUAGCCACCGUUCCGGCUAAGGGAGAUAGCCUACGGGGGUUUGUGAGUACGUGUCUUUUGGAGCAUCCGCGCCCACGGGGGGCGGGUUGAGGGAGGUUUUAAAGCAAGGCUGUUUAGUUCGAAUAAAGUUAUCUUUGACUGCAGUGUUGUUAUCUUAGCGCUGCGUGUAGCACACCGCCACAACGUGUUUUUUAUCACUAUUAAUAUACGUCACCACUGCCAAUGCCUGACACCCGCCAGUGCGCGAUUUCUUUUAAUUUUUCGAUCGAAGGUAGGCUAACUAUGGAGCAACCUUCAACCCAACGUUUUUUUUUUGGAGUUCAAAAUGUUUUUGUUGCAUGCAGAAAUGUAAUUUCGUUUUCUCUGCAGGAGUUCAUCAAUUUCAUAAAUGCAACACAUUAUAGUUUGUUUAUACAUAGCAUAAAGGCAAAAAAAAACCGUUGUAUGCAGUGUUAUUUCAUUUUAAAUGUCAAACGGGUUUUGUGGCUCCCAGUGUUUUCUUUUCUGUGGG